AUGGUUUCCUCGGUGCUGCGAAGCCUUCGGGGGCUUAGACCCCCCAACUCUCCAGCCUCCUACCAGAAAUUCGCCUCCAGAUCGCCAAUUCGGAGAGCAUGGCAAUGUCGACCGAUCUAUACAGCGACUGAGUCACAACCCUCCGCGGACACUGAGAAGCCAUAUUAUAUUACAACUCCAAUUUUCUAUGUCAAUGCUGCACCCCACAUUGGCCAUCUCUACACCAUGGUCCUAUGCGAUGUCCUCAAACGUUAUCAGCAACUCCAGGGCAAGAGUGCCUUUCUCAGCACCGGCACCGACGAGCACGGAAUGAAAAUACAACAAGCAGCCGCAAAGGAAGCAGUGACACCGAAGGAGCUUGUCGACAACAACUCGCAAAAAUUCCUCAGGCUGGCCCACGAAGGCGGCAUAUCGCAAGACACCUUUAUACGCACGACCAACCAGCAACACAAGAGGGCAGUCAGCCACUUCUGGACGCAGCUGAAGAAUGGUCUACCGAAGCGAUUGGGUCUUUACAAGAGUACUCACAAGGGUUGGUAUAGCGUCAGUGAUGAGUGUUUCUAUCCCGAGGACUUGAUCGAGGCCUCACUCGAGCCCCAGACGGGAAAGAAAAUCAUGGUGAGCUCUGAGACUGGGAGUAUGGUGGAGUGGGUCGAGGAGGAGACAUGGUUCUUCCCUCUCACCAAGUACAAAGAGCAAUUGUUAAAGCUCUAUGACGAAAAUCCAGGCUGGAUCCAGCCGGAGAGCAAGAUGAGGGAGGUUAGGAACUGGGUCGAGAACCACCUGGAGGAUCUCUCAGUCACACGACCUGCUGCCAGACUAAGCUGGGGAAUCAGCGACCCUGAAGAUCCAAAGCACACGAUUUAUGUGUGGGUGGAUGCGUUGAUCAAUUACUUGACAGUUGCUGGUUAUGGAGAUAAGUGGCAUCUGAAGGAGGAGAACAUGGGGAUCUGGCCAGCCGAUCUGCAGGUUGUUGGAAAGGACAUCAUCCGCUUCCACGCAAUAUACUGGCCAGCUCUUCUCAUGGCACUCGACCUUCCUUUGCCCAAGAAGAUUCUCUGCCAUAACCACUGGACCAUGUCGAACCGUAAGAUGUCAAAAUCUGUUGGAAACGUGGUGAAUCCAUUCUUUGCCAUCCAGCGCUGGGGUACGGAUCCUCUGCGAUACUUUCUUAUGCGCAAUGGAUCCCUCAGCAAGGACACGAGUUACUCCAACGAUCUCAUUGAGAUGAUUUACCUUAAGGAACUGCAGGCAAAUAUUGGAAAUUUAUACUACAGAAUUUGCCGGCCUAAGAGCUCGUCCAGAUGGUCAACCAGGGACGCUAUCGAAAGCUACUUCGCGGGCGACUUCAAACAGAUCGAGCACAUGGUUGAUCUGUCAGAUCCGCGCUAUAAUUAUUCAUCGCUGGAGCCGCAUAUUGACGGUGUACUCGAUAUUUACAAGAGAGAAAUGGACAAUAACAACCCGGCCGGUGCUAUCAACGAGAUAUUCAGCCUGCUUCGAGAGACCAAUCGCUACGUUUCUGAUAUAGAGCCCUGGAGCAUCGCGAAGAAGACACACAUCCCGGGGUUCCGCUUUGUCCUCAACCGGGUAGUAUUCAAUUCCACCGAGGCGCUUCGCAUAGCGGGGAUCCUCUUACAGCCCAUCAUGCCCACCAAGGCCGGAAGGCUACUGGAUGAGCUCAAUGUCAGACCUGAACGACGAACAAUUCAGUGGGCAGUGCGGGGUACGGAUGACAGCUACGGAAUCUCGCCGACAGAUCCCAGGGUCAUGGAGAAGGUCCAGUCGUGGAAUACAAUCUUUCCACCUACGCCGGCGGCCACAUACUCAGAUCCCGAGGUGCUGGAAAUCCUCGGGGGCAUCGUGGAGAAUCCAACGAAGAACAGGUUGAACAAGAUGGGCGAGUGGAUCGCCAUGGAGGCGCGGCUGGGCGAAGCGGGUGUCAGAGAUUUGCUGCUGUCACGAAAGAAAAAGCCGACGAAUAUGCAAGUGCUCCUCGUCCCGUACGAGCCUCAUCAUGUGCUCAAAUACCAUGGAUGGAUGCAAGACCCGGUAACACUCACCAGUCCAGUCCCCUUGCCUUCUAUCUUUUUUGAUCUCCCCCCCCUCCCCCCACGGUUCUGCCGUUGCAUCUACCACCCCGCUUACUCUGUGCGCCCGCCCGCUCCCCCAACUCUCCAGGACAUCCAAGAAGCCACCGCCUCCGAACCCCUCUCGCUGGAGGAGGAGUACUCCAAUCAGAUCUCGUGGCGCGCCGCGAGCGACAAGCUGACCUUCAUCGUCUGCCUGCCGCUGGCCACCGACGCCGCCGCCCUGCCCACCCUCAUCCGCGGCGACACCCUCUACGACUCGGCCGACCACAUCGUCGGCGACGUCAACUUCUUCCUGCACGACUACGACCCGGACGAGUACGACUACGACGACGACGACGCCCAGGAUGACGACGACGGGUACGACAGCAGCGACGAGGAGCGCGACGGCUGGCUCGUCGGCGAGGUCGACAUCAUGAUCGCCGAGCGCGCCAGCCGAGGGCGCGGCAUGGGCAAGGCCGCCGUCUGCGCCCUCCUCGUCUACAUCCACCGCCACGUGCGAGGCCUCCUCGCCGAGGGGGACGCCCGCCUCCCCCCCUCCCUCCGCCGCGGCAGCACCGCCAGCCGCACCAGCAGCAUCAGCUCCGCCAACGCCGCCGCAACCACCGACGCCGACUGGCUGGACGUGAACCUGGCCGGCAGGGCCCAGAGGAGCCUCAGGGGCCUCAUCGUGCGCAUCAAGGAGGGCAACGACGACAGCCGCGCCCUGUUCCAGAAGCUCGGGUUCCGGCAGCAGGGCGAGGUCAACUACUUUGGCGAGAUCAAGAUGGCCCUCGACCUCGACGCCCUCCAGGAGCAGGAGUGGUGGGCUUCGGCCCUGGAGGAGUACCACGAGGUGCGGUACGAGCCCCCGUCGGUCGGGGAGACUGGGGCGAUAUCCCCUUAA